AUGGCGAUCGACCUUAUAGUCAAGGAGAUGUCAGCAAUUGAAGUCAUGCGAGGGAACACAACGCCAGUCACGAUAGAAUUGCCACCUUGGGAGAAAUAUGGAGUGAUAGUGUUGGAGAAUCCUCCCAAAUUUGAUCCCAAAGCUGUACCUUGGGACUACGGAACAACUGAGGUGGACACUGUCACGCGAUCAGGCCGCUGUUAUGCCCCUGAUAAAGGAGUAGAAAAGAAGGCCGUGACGGAGGAGGAGGUAAAACAAUUCUUGGCUGUAGUAAAGUCUAGUGAGUUCAAUGUGGUGGAUCAGGAUAUUUUGCUUAAAGUCCUUAAUGAGGUGCACGUGCCGGAAUCAAUCGAUGAAGUCCAAUUGGAAGAGUUUGUUGGGGCCAUUCUACUAAAAGACCAAAUCUCCUUUACUGAUGAAGAUCUCCCCCCUGAGGGCCCUAAUCAUACCAAAGCGCUACACAUUUCGGUGAAGCAUGAGAGCACACUUGUUUGCAGAGUGUUGAUCGAUAAUGGUUCGGCACUCAAUAUAUGCCCAUUGGCUACACUCCACCGUCUUGGCGUUGAUCUUGGAAGAAUUCAUACUGGCAAGUCAACUAUUCGGGCUUUUGACGGGAUGAAGAAGGAGGUGAUAGGGGAAAUUGAACUUGAGCUGCUGAUUGGCCCUGUACUUUUCCAAAUCCCGUUCGAAGUGCUAGAUAUACCAAGCGCUUUUAAUUUUCUACUAGGGAGGCCAUGGAUCCACACGGCAGGCGCUGUUGCCUCCAGCCUUCAUCAAAAAGUACGAUUUGUGGUAGAUAACAGGCUUCUCACAGUCCAUGGAGAGUCUGACUUCAAGAUCUACCACGAGACAGCUAUCCCUUAUGUGGAGCCUGAAUGUACUGAGGAAUCCAGCUUUCAAACAUUAGAGCUAGUGUCUAUGAUUCAUGUGCCUACAUGCUCUUUCACAAGGAAUCCUGAAUUGUCUAGGCCAGCUAUAGCUGCGGGAAAAAUCAUGCUGGCAAGCGGAUAUAACCCUGCGGAGGGUCUUGGAUCGCAUGGUCAGGGUGUGCGAAAACCCAUUGAAGCUCGUAAAAACUUCAAAAGAAGAGGCUUGGGAUAUAUCGAGAAGCGGGGAGGCCAUAACAACCGAGGAAGCCGUGGAAGACAUAGGGGCCGAGGUAGCCGAGGUGGCCAAGGAGGCCAAGGCGGGUACAGAGACCAGAGUGAACGCAUUGCCCAGACUGAAGAGGACGAGGGCUAUCAAAGCCCGUUUUCCCUGUUGCUGGAGGAGACGUUUCCAGGACCUCCAAGGAUGUUGUUCGAGGAAGACGAGAAUAUCUAUGGUGUGACCGAGCUAUUCGAGGAGGAUGUCAUAUGCACCAUCUUGGCGUGCGAGGAAUCCGAGUCCUCUGAAGUCAUAACUAUCCCUCCAGAGCAUUACAUUAUGCAUAAUCAUGAUAAGGACGCAUGUGACUUAGAUGUGCAUGAAGAGAGUCCCUCAGGUUCUGAUGACAUGGACGACGAUGAUCAGAAGUGGAUCGAGCGUGAGUGGAAUCGACACGAAGAAUCGAAGCCGUUGACCGAAGAGCAAACAAUCACCAUAAAUCUGGGUGAUGUAGAGAAUGUCAAGGAGGUAAAGAUCGGAGCCUGUCUCUCAGAAUCAAAGGCAGAAAGGAUGACUAAUCUUCUGAAAGAGUAUCAAGAUGUGUUCGCCUGGACAUAUGCCGACAUGCCGGGAUUGGAUCCUGAAAUUGUGGAACAUGCUUUACCAAUAGACCCCAAUAUGCCACCCAAGAAGCAAAGACUCAGGAGAAGUAAACCAGAGUUGUCCAAGAAGAUUGAAGAAGAAGUGAUGAAACUACUAAAAGUAGACUUUAUUGAAGUGACUCGUUACCCUGAUUGGGUAGCAAAUAUCGUGCCCGUAAUGAAGAAAGAUGGGCGAAUCAGGGUGUGUGUUGACUAUCGCGACUUGAAUCGAGCAAGUCCCAAGGACGACUUUCCGCUCCCACAUAUCGAUGUUUUAGUUGAUAGUACAGCGGGAUUUGAGUUAUUCUCCUUCAUGGAUGGCUUUUCCGGAUAUAACCAAAUUCAUAUGAAGGAGGAAGACAGAAGCAAAACAUCAUUCAUAACUCCUUGGGGAACUUUCUGCUACAAAGUGAUCCCUUUCAGUCUAAAGAAUGCUGGGGCAACGUAUCAGAGGGCCAUGGUCACGUUAUUCCAUGACAUGAUGAACAAGGAAAUCGAAGUAUACGUCGACGACAUGAUUGCGAAAUCGAGACGUGGUGAAGAUCAUGUUAAAGUCUUGCGAAGGUUGUUUGAACAUCUUCGGAAGUUCAAGUUGCGCCUCAAUCCCGCAAAAUGCGUUUUUGGAGUGAAAUCUAGGAAACUAUUAGGAUUCACGGUUAGUAAUAGGGGCAUAGAGAUUGAUCCGUCGAAAGUUAAAGCCAUUUGCGACUUACGACCCCCGACUACCAUCAAAGAAGUCCGCAGCCUAAUGGGACGACUUAAUUAUGUGGCGAGAUUCAUUUGUCAGUUGUCUGAAACGGCGAAGCCAUUCUUCAAGCUCAUGAAAAAGAAUGCAAAGAUCGAGUGGAAUGCCGAGUGCCGGGGUGCCUUUGAGAAGAUAAAACAUUAUCUCACUCAUGCACCAGUCUUAGUGCCCCCACUCCCUAAAAUUCCCCUGAUUUUGUACUUAACCAUACAUGACGAGUCAUUGGGAGCUAUGUUAGCCCAGAAGAGACCAAAUGAUGGGAGAGAAUGCACAAUAUACUACUUGAGCAAGAAGUUCACUGUUUCCGAGAUGAACUAUACGGAAGUUGAGAGAACUUACGUGGCUUUAAUUUGGGUCUUGCACAGGCUACGGUAUCUCUUAGAGAAGCCGACUUUGGUGGGGAAGUUGGCCAAAUGGCAAAUCUUAAUUUCUGAGUUUGAUGUUCAAAGCUUGGGACAAAAGUCUGUUAUAGGUCGAGCCAUAACAGACAUGUUGGCAGAAAAUUCUGAGAGAUCCAGAGCAUCUAAUGAGGAUAGUGAUGCAGAAGAGCGAAUUUUACUUGUAUCAAGCGACAAAUGGACGAUGUACUUUGAUGGUGCGGUUAACUUAGCCGGGUCAGGUAUUGGGGCAGUUCUUAUCUCCCCGGAUGGACAACAUUACCCCGUCGCUGCUAAAUUGACGUUCCCUUGCACGAAUAACAUCGCUAAAUACGAAGCAUGCGUUCUUGGCCUCCAAGCCGCCGUCGAUAUGAAAAUUCAGAAGUUGCAAGUUUAUGGCGAUUCAACCCUUAUCAUCUUACAGACUGAAGGGGCAACUCCUUUCUCACUAGUAUACGGGAUGGAGGCAGUCUUGCCUGUUGAAGUUGAAGUCCCUUCUUUAAGGAUCCUUUCUCAAUCUACGCUUGAUGAGACUGAGUGGAUACAACAGAGGCAUGAGCAGUUAAACAUGAUCGAUGAGAAGAGAUUGCAAGCUAUGUGUCAUGGUCAGUGCUAUCAGAGACGAGUCGCAAAAGUCUUCAACUGA